CAAAACCAAAUGGACAAUUAUUAUUAAUUAAAAUAUUAAAAACCAAACCAAAAAAAAAAAGCAUUGCUACAAGUAAAAGCUAGUCCAAAUCUACAGAAAAAAAAAGAAAAAUUAUAUUUAACUCAUAAUAUUGAAAGAAAAAAAAACUAAAACAAAAAUUAACACGCCAAUUGCCGCAAAAUUUACUCCAGCAAAAAAAAACCAAAUAUUAUUAAAAAAUUCCCAAACGCAAAAAAAAAAAACAAAACGAAUCUAAUUUAAUUUCAAGAAAAACCAAAAGCAACUAACACAGCUUCGAAGUGUGCACAACAAAUAAGAAAACAAAAAGAAAAUUGCAAGCAAAUAAAAAAAAAAAAACAAUAGAUAAAUAAAUAUAAAUAAAAAAAAUAUAAUUUCGCAUAUAAAGAAGAAACCAAUUAAGCAAAAAAUUGCAAAGACAAGAAAAAACUUAAGUGAAGAACUCAUAAAAAAAAGCGCCCAAGUCACGGCCAGCAAACAAAAAGUACAACAAAUAACAACAACAACAACAACAAUAACAACAACAACAACAACAACAGAAAGCAGCCGCAAGAAGCGCAGCUUGUGAAGUGAAGCAGCAAAAGCUGCCACGCCCCGUCAGCCAGCCGCCCGCCCAAUUGCCACAGCAGUCAAGACUGAGCUUCGGACGUUUUAUCGAAAAAUUUCCAAGAAACUUGAAGUGCCACAAAACGCCGUGCAAGACAGAGACGAGCCAGUGAGAGCGAGACAGACACAGAGCGAGAGUGAGAAAGAGAGAGAGCGAGAGCGAUAGAGAGAGAGAAAUAGACAGAGGCAGUGUGCGAAAGAGCGAAAGAGACACGCAUAGUGUGUAAAAGAGUACGGUAGAGUUUCAAAAACUCCGCAGCGCAAAGCGAUACGUAUUUUUUUUUUCAAGUGUACGGCUAGGCUUAUUUUUUUUUUUUGUGUGCCCGUGUCUGUGAGAACAAGAGCAACAUCUGUGAUGGGAGAUCGGCCAAAGGCGACAACAACAACAUCAGGAGCAGCAGCAGCAGCAGCAGCAGCAGCAGGUGUAGGAACUAGUGAAGCAGCCAUUAUGGCAGCAACCGCUCCGGAGGGUCCCGCCCAAACCAACGGGAAUGGGAAUGGCAAAGGCAAUGGCAACGGGAACGGCAACGGCAACGGGAAUGGCAAUGGUAAUGGCAACGGCAAUGGAGGCGCUGAUCCGCCCCAGCAGCUGGGCCAGGUGGAGGUGCAUGUACCAGCUACGGCUACAUUGCAGCCGCCGUCGCCUGGCCAAGUGGAUGCAGAUGGUGUGGGUGCAGCUGGUGCCAGCGCUGCUGGCGAUGCUGGUGAUGAUGCGACCACUGGGGCAGGCGCCAGCUCAUUGCCGCCGUCGGAAAUUGGCGGUCGUCCGCCGCUGGAUACCGCCUGCUCGGAUGGCGGUGGCGCCUCCAGCUUGGCUGGCGGCAUUGUGGGACCGCCCAGUCCGCUAACCGGCUGCUAUCUACUUAUUGUAAUGGGCGAGCCGCACUCCGAGGAGCACAAGGACAACAUCUUGCAGCAUCUGCUCAAGGGUUUCCUCUCCUGGGACGUAUCCGAUUGUCAUGUCGACUUGGAGGAGGAGCUCAAUACAAUAACACAACAUGCACCCGAGGGCGAGGAAGCGCGUCACGGUGAGCGACUAAUACAGUAUGCCAGCGAGAAUCUUGUGACGGAGGUGCUCAUACAUCCGCAAUAUAACACGCUUAUACAAUGUAUGCGCAAUCUACUAAGCAGUUUUACGAGGCAUCGUCACAUUAUACAUGCUGGGUAUACCUUUAGCGGCAACGGUUCUUGGAUCCUACAGGAUGGCACCUUCUCGGUGGCUGACUUUGCGGAGGCAUUUCAAGAGCACGACGUACAAAGGGUAAUACGCGCCUAUGCGGAUACCAUAACGAUGAAUAUACACUGCGCAGAUGCGGGUCUGUGGCACACGUUGCCGGAUAAGGUUUUUUCACGCCAGUGUAAAAUACGCAUCAAUCCGGUAGAUGUCCUGGACACCAGUAGCGAGUACAUUAACGGCUUUAUAGACUAUCUGGCGCCAAUGCUGGUGCCAACUUCGUUGCGUGAGUUGCUGGAGACGUCCGAUGUGGUGGGCAAUAUACGUUUUACGCACCCCACUCUCUAUGUAUUUCCCGGUGGUCAGGGUGACGCCGCCCUCUUUGGCAUCAAUGGUUUUAACAUGCUGGUUGAUGGCGGCUUUAAUCGUAAGGCUUGUUUCUGGGACUUUGCACGUCAUUUGGAUCGCCUUGAUGCGGUGCUGAUGACGCGUCUGAACAACAGCAAUGUCCAGGGUCUUGGUGCUGUGGUGGCACGCAAGCGGGAUUCCCACGUCUAUCCUCAGAUUGGGCAUUUCUUUGGCAACGUUCCCGAUCGGAAGGGUGGCCUGCCCAGUCCUGAUGGUGAUAAGGAUCGUAAUCCUCUGCUCAUCGAUCUUUUUGAGCGCGGCCAUGGUCUCGUCAAUGAUCUCAAAUCGCUCGACCUCAAGCCUCAGUGCUGUUAUCGCAAUCAAGAGCCUAUUAAUUUGUACCACAAGGUCGGCCACGGAACCCUGGACAUGUAUGUGAUAAGCCCUUCGCGGGAUUCCAAAGAGGUCAAGGACUUUUUGCAGAAAUGGAAUGCGGGUGAUCAGCGUUUGUUUGCCGCACGCGACACCAAAGAGUUUAACUUCCCCUUGCAAAAUUUGGUAUCUAUCUGCGCGUUGCUUGUCUGGCAACCAGCUAAUCCGGAUGAUACCAUAACCCGCAUCCUUUUUCCUGGCAGCACACCAGAUUUUAAGAUCCAGGAGGGUCUGGAGAAGCUCAAGCAUCUUGAGUUUAUGAAGCACUCAACAUGCACGGCCAAGUCUAUAGCCCCAGCUAUACAGACCGUAACCAGCACCAGAAAGACACUUAAAUCUGCCAUUGAGGGCACUCCGCCCAGUGCCAGUUACAAGCCCAGUAAAUUCGGUCCAACUGCUAUCGCCGCUGUCGCUGUGCAGCAGGACAAUAAGGCCAAGGAAGCUAAGGAAGCAGCGGCAGCUGCAGUGGCGGCUGCAGCAGCAGCAGUUUCAGGGGAAACAUCCGGGGAACAAGUGGACCAAUCUGCACCACUUGUUAGCGCCAAAGCGGACUCCGUAGACACAGAUGAGCCAGAGGCUGAGCCCGAGCUCGCUGUCGACACCGGUGAUGAAGGAGCGCCCGAGCCAUCCGUUCCCUCAACAGAGCCAGCCGAUCAGGAAGACAACAAGGAUGCUGACGAAGAGAAAAAAGUGGAGGUGUUGAUUGUCAAGCCACAGCCGUCAACUGCAUCAGUUAAGGAUGCAGUUGACGCGCCCCCUACUGAGGUUGCUAGCAAGACAGCAAAGGCCACCAAAGGCAAGCCAGACAAGCCACGAGCGGAAGUUAAGCCAGUUGUACGCUCAAGAAUUGAUAGCAAGCCGCCCAAGUCCAUGGACCGGAAGCUGGUUAAGCGUGAGGAUAAAAAGAGUUCGCCUACUGCCACGCCAGCUGUAAGCCGUACGCCUGCUACACGUGAUGUCAAGCCCAAAAUAAUAACACGCACCACCAAGUCGAGUCCCAGCAGCACACCUGCUAAGAGUGCCAAGGAGGCCAAUAACCGCAAGGUGCUUGAGUCCAAGCAGCAGGCGACGUCCGCGCGGCAGACAACUACCAGCACACGUCGCACUGUUAGCACCGUGGAGAAGAAGUCGCAACAGGUCGAGUCGAAAACAUCGCAGCACACAACGACACAGGCAGCGCAGCGCAAACCUAUCUCACGAAGGCCACGUGGGGUAUCACCUUCCAAGCGGGCUCCAGCGCCAGGCAGCCCAAUUAAAUCAGCAAAGCCCAAGCCGGAUUUAAAGAAGUCGCGUCUGGAUAAGGGCGGCACCACAGAUUCUAGCCUGGUAUCCACACCGUCGGCGGAUGAGGCGACUGCAGCCAAAAAGAUGCUAGAGUUAAGCGCCUCGCAAGAGCUGGAUGCGGAAAAGCAACGUGAGUUGGACGAUCUAAAGGAGGAGCAGGAAGUGGUACGCGAAAUUGAAGCUGUCUUUAGUCGAGACGAGAUGAAGCGACAACACUUGAUCAAGGCGGAGCUGCGCGAGAUGGCCAAGCAGGACAGCACAACGGAAGCCGAGGAAGAAGAAGAAUACUUGAUUAUUGAAAAGGAAGAGGUCGAGCAGUACACUGAAGACUCAAUUAUUGAACAAGAGCAGGAGAGCAGCAUGACAAAGGAGGAGGAGAUUCAAAAGCAUCAACGCGACUCACAGGAAUCAGAAAAGAAGCGUAAGAAAAGCGCCGAGGAGGAAAUCGAAGCAGCAAUAGCCAAGGCUGAAGCAGAGGAGCGCAAGGCUCGUCUGGAGAGUAGCGAUGCGGCGAGACAUGAGAUGCACGAACAGCUGGCGACAACCGAAAAAACAGAAAUCAAUGCUGAGGUUCAAGAGAUCAUAUCCACUGCCAAGGACCUUGUUAAGUCCCGUACUGAAGAGCAACUGCCGCAAGCAAAACAAGUUGAGGAGGAGUUCUCGUCUCCUACGCCUGAUGAUAAGCUCAGCAGUGCCAAGAAAACGUCAGAUACUAAAGACGAACCGAUCGAAGCUCCCGAGGCGCUGCCUAUAAACUUACAAGAAAGUCUUCCAGAGGAGAAAUUCUCGGCCACCAUCGAAUCGGGAGCUACUACAGCGCCCACCUUACCAGAAGAUGAACGAAUUCCGUUGGAUAAAAUUAAAGAGGACUUGGUCAUUGAGGAGAAAUAUGUCAAAGAGGAAACUAAGGAGAUAGAAACUAUUGUUGUGGCUACUGUUGCAGCUCCCAUCGCAGCGGUAGCAGCAUCAACCAUCAUCGCUCCUACCGAAACCAAAAUUGAGGUUACUGCUGAGCCGCUUGCCCCCGGCGUGGACUCUGCGGAACGUAUAUUACCCAAGAAAAUGACAUUUGAAGCCCAACAGAGUCUGAUGCGUGAUGUUAUCAAGACACCCGACGAGGUUGCAGAUUUGCCGGUUCAUGAGGAAGCUGACUUAGGGCUGUACGAGAAGGAUACGCACGAUGCUGGUUCCAAGAGUAUUUCACACAAAGAAGAGACGGCCAAAGAGGAGAAAGAGACCGAAGAUGAAAAGGAAGUCAAGGAAAUGGAAGCAGCAGAUGAUGCGGACCACGUGUCUCAGCCAAAACAAGAGAUUUUGGAAAACAUUAUUGCGAAAACAGAGAUAACCGCUAAACAUGAAUCUGGCGAACAAAAAACUGAGGUUAAAACUACCGAAAUUGUAAGUAAAACUAUUUCGGAGAGCUACAAUAUAGAGGUGGACCUUGAAAAACCGACCGAUAAAGCAAUCAAACAGUUGGCAAUUACACCAGAUGAAAAAGAAGCCAGCGAUAUAACUUCUGAGGAUGAAUUGCCAGCGCAUCUUGUGCAACCCAUCGUUGGACCAACAAAAAUUAAAGACCGCGAAGACACUGUAUCUCUCGAAAGCCCAGCAACAAUUGAAGAAGCAAUUGAAGUUGAAAUUCAUACUUCCAAGGAAGAAACACAAAAACAAUCCACUUUAGUAGUCGAAGAAUCUAGUGAGGCCAAACUAAAACCAGAGCUCAUUACGGCUGUCGAGUUACAUCCAGACUCCAAAGAAACAUUAAAAACCCGAUCGGACGAGCAUGAAAAGCCAGAAUGUAUAAAAGACCAAAAGUCAACAGAGCCUUCCCGACGUGAAUCAGUUGCAGAGAGUGCGAAACCAAAAAGCUUGAAGGAUGAAAAGUCCCUACCUGCAUCUAAGGAAGCAUCACGGCCGGGUUCCGUAGUAGAGAGUGUAAAGGACGAGCACGAGAUAUCGGAAAGUGUUAAAGACGAGAAAUCUACAGAGCCUUCACGACGUGAAUCAGCUGCGCAGAGUGCGAAACCAGAAAGCUUGAAGGAUGAAAAGUCCCUACCUACAUCUAAGGAAGUAUCACGACCCGGUUCCGUAGCAGAGAGUGUGAAAGACGAGCACGAGAAACGAGAAAGUGUUAAGGACGAAAAGUCUACAGAGCCUUCACGACGUGAAUCAGUUGCAGAGAGUACGAAACCGGAAAGCUUGAAGGAUGAAAAGUCUCUGCCUGCAUCGAAGGAAGCAUCACGGACGGGUUCCGUAGCAGAAAGUGUAAAAGACGAGCACGAUAAACCAGAAAGUGCUAAGGACGAAAAGUCUACAGAGCCUUCACCACGUGAAUCAGUUGCAGAGAGUACAAAACCAGAAAGCUUGAAGGAUGAAAAGUCUCUACCUGCAUCUAUGGAAGCAUCACGGCCGGGUUCCGUAGCAGAAAGUGUAAAAGACGAACACGACAAACCAGAAAGUGUUAUGGACGAAAAGUCUACGGCGCCUUCACGACGUGAAUCAGUUGCGGAGAGUACGAAACCAGACAGCCAGAAGGAUGAAAAGUCUCUACCUGCAUCUAAGGAAGCAUCACGGCCCGGCUCCGUAGCAGAAAGUAUAAAAGACGAGCACGAUAAACCAGAAAGUGUAAAGGACGAGAAGUCUACAGAGCCUUCACGACGUGAAUCAGUUGCGGAGAGUACGAAACCGGAAAGCUUGAAGGAUGAAAAGUCUCUACCUGCAUCCAAGGAAGCAACACGGCCCGGUUCCGUUGCAGAAAGUGUAAGUGACGAACACGAUAAACCAGAAAGUGUUAAGGACGAAAAGUCUACAGAGCCUUCACGACGUGAAUCAGUUGCGGAGAGUACGAAACCAGAAAGCUUGAAGGAUGAAAAGUCUAUACCUGCAUCUAGGGAAGCAUCACGGCCGGGUUCCGUAGCAGAAAGUGUGAAAGACGAACACGAUAAACCAGAAAGUGUUAUGGACGAAAAGUCUACAGCGCCUUCACGACGUGAAUCAGUUGCGGAGAGUGCGAAACCAGACAGCCAGAAGGAUGAAAAGUCUCUACCUGCAUCUAAGGAAGCAUCACGGCCCGGUUCCGUAGCAGAAAGUGUGAAAGACAAGCACGAUAAACCAGAAAGUGUUAGGGACGAAAAGUCUACAGAGCCUUCACGACGUGAAUCAGUUGCAGAGACUACAAAACCAGAAAGCUUGAAGGAUGAAAAGUCUCUACCUGUAUCCAAGGAAGCUACACGGCCCGGUUCCGUUGCAGAAAGUGUAAGUGACGAACACGAUAAACCAGAAAGUGUUAAGGACGAAAAGUCUACAGAGCCUUCACAACGUGAAUCAGUUGCAGAGAGUACAAAACCAGAAAGCUUGAAGGAUGAAAAGUCUCUACCUGCAUCUAAGGAAGCCUCACGGCCAGGUUCCGUAGCAGAAAGUGUAAAAGACGAACAGGAGAAACCAAAAAGUGUUAAGGACGAAAAGUCUACAGAACUUUCACGACGUGAAUCAGUUGCGGAGAGUGCGAAGCCAGAAAGUCUGAAGGAUGAAAAGUCUUUACCUGCAUCUAUGGAAGCAUCACGGCCGGGUUCCGUAGUCGAAAGUGUCAGAGACGUGCACGAUAAACCAGAAAGUGUAAAGGACGAAAAGUCUACAGAGUCUUCACGACGUGAAUCAGUUGCGGAGAGUACGAAACCAGAAAGCUUGAAGGAUGAAAAGUCUCUACCUGUAUCUAAGGAAGCAUCACGACCCGGUUCCGUAGCAGAAAGUGUAAAAGACGAGCACGACAAACCAGAAAGUGUAAAGGACGAAAAGUCUACAGAGCCUUCACGACGUAAGUCAGUUGCGGAGUGUGCGAAACCGGAAAGCUUGAAGGAUGAGAAGUCUCUACCUGAAUCUAAGGAAGUAUCACGACCCGGUUCCGUAGCAGAAAGUGUUAAAGUCGAGCACGAGAAACCAGAAAGUGUCAAGGACGAAAAAUCGGCAGGGCCUUCACGACGUGAAUCAGUUGCGGAGAGUACGAAACUAGAAAGCUUGAAGGAUGAAAAGUCUCUACCUGUAUCUAAGGAAGCAUCACGGCCGGGUUCCGUGGCAGAAAGUGUAGAAGACGAGCACGACAAACCAGAAAGUGUAAAGGACGAAAAGUCUACAGAGCCUUCACGGCGUGAAUCGGUUGCGGAGAGUACGAAACCAGAAAGCUUGAAGGAUGAGAAAUCUCCACCUGCAUCCAAGGAAGCAACACGGCCCGGUUCCGUAGCAGAAAGUGUAAAAGACGAGCACGAUAAACCCGAAAGUGUAAAGGACGAGAAGUCUACAGAGCCUUCACGACGUGAAUCAGUUGCGGAGAGUACGAAACCAGAAAGCUUGAAGGAUGAAAAGUCUCUACCUGUAUCUAAGGAAGCAUCACGGCCGGGUUCCGUAGCAGAAAGUGUAAAAGACGAGCACGACAAACCAGAAAGUGUAAAGGACGAAAAGUCUACAGAGCCUUCACGGCGUGAAUCGGUUGCGGAGAGUACGAAACCAGAAAGCUUGAAGGAUGAGAAGUCUCCACCUGCAUCCAAGGAAGCAACACGGCCCGGUUCCGUAGCAGAAAGUGUAAAGGACGAACACGAUAAACCAGAAAGUGUAAAGGACGAAAAGUCUACUGAGCCUUCACGACGUGAAUCAGUUGCGGAGAGUACGAAACCGGAAAGCUUGAAGGAUGAAAAGUCUCUGCCUGCAUCGAAGGAAGCAUCACGGCCCGGUUCCGUAGUCGAAAGUGUGAAAGAUGAGCAUGAGAAACCAGAAAGUGUAAAGGACGAGAAGUCUUUACCUGCAUCUAAGGAAGCAUCACGGCCCGAUUCCGUAGCAGAAAGUGUGAAAGACGAGCACGACAAACCAGAAAGUGUAAAGGACGAAAAGUCUACAGAGCCUUCACGACGUGAAUCAGUUGCGGAGAGUACGAAACCGGAAAGCUUGAAGGAUGAAAAGUCUCUGCCUGCAUCUAAGGAAGCAUCACGGCCCUGUUCUGUAGUAGAAAGUUUGAAAGACGAGCAUGAGAAACCGGAAAGUGGUAAAGACGAAAAGUCUACCGAGCCUUCACGACGUGAAUCAGUUGCAGAGAGUGCGAAACCAGAAAGCUUGAAGGAUGAAAUAUCUCUACCUGUAUCUAAGGAAGCAUCACGGCCCGGUUCCGUAGUCGAAAGUGUGAAAGAUGAGCAUGAGAAACCAGAAAGUGUAAAGGACGAGAAGUCUUUACCUGCAUCUAAGGAAGCAUCACGGCCCGAUUCCGUAGCAGAAAGUGUGAAAGACGAGCACGACAAACCAGAAAGUGUAAAGGACGAAAAGUCUACAGAGCCUUCACGACGUGAAUCAGUUGCGGAGAGUACGAAACCGGAAAGCUUGAAGGAUGAAAAGUCUCUGCCUGCAUCUAAGGAAGCAUCACGGCCCAGUUCUGUAGUAGAAAGUUUGAAAGACGAGCAUGAGAAACCGGAAAGUGUUAAAGACGAAAAGUCUUCAGAGCCUUCACGACGUGAGUCAGUUGUGGAGAGUGCGAAACCAGAAGGCGUGAAGGAUGAAAAGUCUCUACCUGUAUCUAAGGAAUCAUCACGGCCUGGUUCCGUAGCAGAAAGUGUAAAAGACGAGCACGACAAACCAGAAAGUGAAAAGGACGAAAAGUCUACAGAGCCUUCACGACGUGAAUCAGUUGCGGAGAGUGCGAAACCAGAAAGCUUGAAGGAUGAAAAGUCUCUGCCUGCAUCUAAGGAAGCAUCACGGCCCUGUUCUGUAGUAGAAAGUGUGAAAGACGAGCAUGAGGAACAAGAAAGUGUAAAGGAAGAGAAGUCUACAGAGCCUUCACGACGUGAAUCAGUUGCAGAGAGUACGAAACCGGAAAGCUUAAAGGAUGAAAAGUCUCUGCCUGCAUCGAAGGAAGCAUCACGGCCCGGCUCUGUAGUAGAAAGUUUGAAAGACGAGCAUGAGAAACCGGAAAGUGUUAAAGACGAAAAGUCUACAGAGCCUUCACGACGUGAGUCAGUUGCUGAGAGUGCGAAACCAGAAAGCUUAAAGGAUGAAAAGUCUCUACCUGUAUCUAAGGAAUCAUCACGGCCUGGUUCCGUAGCAGAAAGUGUAAAAGACGAGCACGACAAACCAGAAAAUGAAAAGGACGAAAAGUCUACGGAGCCUUCACGACGUGAAUCAGUUGCGGAGAGUACGAAACCAGAAAGCUUGAAGGAUGAAAAGUCACUACCUGCAUCUAAGGAAGCUUCACGGCCCGGUUCUGUAGUAGAAAGUUUGAAAGACGAGCAUGAGAAACCGGAAAGUGUAAAGGAUGAAAAGUCUACAGAGCCUUCACGACGUGAAUCAGUUGCGGAGAGUGCGAAACCAGACAGCCUAAAGGAUUUAAAAUCUGUACCUGCUACUAAGGAAGCCACACGGCCCGGUUCCGUAGCAGAAAGUGUAAAAGACGAGCACGACAAACCAGAAAGUGAAAAGGACGAAAAGUCUACGGAGCCUUCACGACGUGAAUCAGUUGCGGAGAGUACGAAACCAGAAAGCUUGAAGGAUGAAAAGUCACUACCUGCAUCUAAGGAAGCUUCACGGCCCGGUUCUGUAGUAGAAAGUUUGAAAGACGAGCAUGAGAAACCGGAAAGUGUAAAGGAUGAAAAGUCUACAGAGCCUUCACGACGUGAAUCAGUUGCGGAGAGUGCGAAACCAGAAAGCUUGAAGGAUGAGAAAUCUCUACCUGCAUCUAAGGAAAUAUCACGACCCGGUUCCGUAGCAGAAAGUGUUAAAGACGAGCACGAGAAACCAGAAAACGUCGAGAACGAAAAGUCUACAGAGCCUUCACGACGUGAAUCAGAUGCAGAGAGUACAAAACCAGAAAGCUUGAAGGAUGAAAAGUCACUACCUGCAUCUAAGGAAGCAUCACGGCCCGGUUCUGUAGUAGAAAGUUUGAAAGACGAGCAUGAGAAACCGGAAAGUGUAAAGGAUGAAAAGUCUACAGAGCCUUCACGACGUGAAUCAGUUGCGGAGAGUGCGAAACCAGACAGCCUGAAGGAUGAAAAAUCUCUACCUGCAUCUAAGGAAGCCUCACGGCCUGGUUCCUCGGUGGAAAGUGUGAAAGACGAGCACGAUAAACAAGAAAGUGUAAAAGACGAAAAGUCUACGGAGCCUUCACGACGUGAAUCAGUUGCGGAGAGUGCGAAACCAGAAAGCUUGAAGGAUGAAAAGUCCCUACCUGCGUCUAAGGAAGCAACACGACCCGGUUCCGUAGCAGAAAGUGUGAAAGACGAGCACGAGAAACCAGAAAGCGUCAAGAACGAAAAGUCUACAGAGCCUUCACGACGUGAAUCAGUUGCAGAGAGUACAAAACUAGAAAGCUUGAAGGAUGAAAAGUCUUUACCUGCAUCUAAGGAAGCAUCACGGCCCGGUUCCGUAGUCGAAAGUCUGCACGACGAACAGGAGAAACCAGAAAGUGUAAAGGACGAAAAGUCUACAGAGCAUUCACGACGUGAAUCAGUUGCGGAGAGUGCGAAACCAGAAAGCUUGAAGGAUGAAAAGUCCCUACCUGCGUCUAAGGAAGCAACACGACCCGGUUCCGUAGCAGAAAGUGUAAAAGACGAGCACGAGAAACCAGAAAGCGUCAAGAACGAAAAGUCUACAGAGCCUUCACGACGUGAAUCGGUUGCAGAGAGUACGAAACCAGAUAGCUUGAAGGAUGAAAAGUCUCUACCUGCAUCUAAGGAAGCGUCACGGCCCGGUUCCGUAGUCGAAAGUCUGCACGACGAACAGGAGAAACCAGAAAGUGUAAAGGACGAAAAGUCUACAGAGCAUUCACGACGUGAAUCAGUUGCGGAGAGUGCGAAACCAGAAAGCUUGAAGGAUGAAAAGUCCCUACCUGCGUCUAAGGAAGCAACACGACCCGGUUCCGUAGCAGAAAGUGUGAAAGACGAGCACGAGAAACCAGAAAGCGUCAAGAACGAAAAGUCUACAGAGCCUUCACGACGUGAAUCGGUUGCAGAGAGUACGAAACCAGAUAGCUUGAAGGAUGAAAAGUCUCUACCUGCAUCUAAGGAAGCAUCACGGCCCGGUUCCGUAGUCGAAAGUCUGCAAGACGAACAGGAGAAACCAGAAAGUAUAAAGGACGAAAAGUCUACAGAGCAUUCACGACGUGAAUCAGUUGCGGAGAGUGCGAAAUCAGAAAGCUUGAAGGCUGAAAAGUCCCUACCUGCGUCUAAGGAAGCAACACGACCCGGUUCCGUAGCAGAAAGUGUGAAAGACGAGCACGAGAAACCAGAAAGCGUCAAGAACGAAAAGUCUACAGAGCCUUCACGACGUGAAUCGGUUGCAGAGAGUACGAAACCAGAUAGCUUGAAGGAUGAAAAGUCUCUACCUGCAUCUAAGGAAGCAUCACGGCCCGGUUCCGUAGUCGAAAGUCUGCACGACGAACAGGAGAAACCAGAAAGUGUAAAGGACGAAAAGUCUACAGAGCAUUCACGACGUGAAUCAGUUGCGGAGAGUGCGAAACCAGAAAGCUUGAAGGAUGAAAAGUCCCUACCUGCGUCUAAGGAAGCAACACGACCCGGUUCCGUAGCAGAAAGUGUGAAAGACGAGCACGAGAAACCAGAAAGCGUCAAGAACGAAAAGUCUACUGAGCCUUCACGACGUGAAUCGGUUGCAGAGAGUACGAAACCAGAUAGCUUGAAGGAUGAAAAGUCUCUACCUGCAUCUAAGGAAGCAUCACGGCCCUGUUCUGUAGUAGAAAGUUUGAAAGACGAGCAAGAGAAACCGGAAAGUAUAAAGGACGAAAAGUCUACAGAGCCUUCACGACGUGAAUCAGUUGCGGAGAGUGCGAAACCAGAAAGCUUGAAGGAUGAAAAGUCCCUACCUGAGUCUAAGGAAGCAACACGACCCGGUUCCGUAGCAGAAAGUGUGAAAGACGAGCACGAGAAACCAGAAAGCGUCAAGAACGAAAAGUCUACAGAGCCUUCACGACGUGAAUCAGUUGUGGAGAGUGCGAAACCAGAAAGCUUGAAGGAUGAAAAGUCUCUACCUGCGUCUAAGGAAGCAACACGACCCGGUUCCGUAGCAGAAAGCGUAAAAGACGAGCACGAGAAACCAGAAAGUGUAAAGGACGAUAAGUCUACAGAGCCUUCACGACGUGAAUCAUUUGCAGAGAGCACGAAAGCAGAAAGCCUGAAAGAUGAAAAAUCUGUACCUGCAUCUAAGGAAGCCUCACGACCCGGUUCCUCGGUGGAAAGUGUGAAAGACGAGCACCAGAAACCAGGAAGUGUUAAGGACGAAAAGUCUACAGAGCUUUCUCGACGUGAAUCCGUUGCGGAGAGUACAAAGCCUGAGAGUUUGAGGGAUGACAAGUCUCUUUCUGUCUCCAAGGAAGCAUCACGACCUGGUUCUGUCGCUGACAGUAUAAAAGGGGAACUUGAAGAGCCGGAAAGUAUAAAAGACGAAAAGUCUACAGAGCCUUCACGACAUGAAUCCGAUUCAGAAAGUACAAAACCGGAAAGCUUAAAAAAUGAAAAGUCGCAACCUGUCUCCAAGGAAGCAUCACGACCUGGUUCUGUCGCCCAAAGUGUAAAAGAAGAACAUAAAAAGACAGAAAGUUUAAAGGACGAGAAGUCUGAGCCACUUAAACCAGCCAAGCCGGCGGAGCGCUCUGAUUUUGCUACAUCAAAAACUGCAUCCAGCCCUGUAGAUGAAGCCGUAGGCAAUGUUACUGAAAUAAAGGAGGCUGACUUGAAAGAGGGAAGUUUUAAGUCCCCAAUAUCAUCAUUAGUCGAGAGUAUACAGGACGAUAGUGGAAAUGCAAAAAUAGAGGACCCAUCCUGUCAGAAAUCACGUUUCGAAAGUUCAAUGCCUCUUAGUAUAAAGGAUGAAAUGUACCUAGCUUUUUCCAACGAUGCAUCACCCGGUACCGUGCCACUCAGUGUGAAGGGUCAACCAGAAAAGCCAGAAAGUGUCGAAUCUGUUGCUGAACUUGAUAAGGGUGACAAGUCCAAAGUACCUUCCGACCUCAAAUCAACAUCUGAGAGCAAGUCCUUACCAGCUUCUAAAGACGCUUCACGACCCCCAUCGGUUGCAGGAAGUGUGAAGGAUGAACCUGAUGAUAGGGAAUCUUCCCGAAAAGAAUCUGUUGUAGAAAGUACAACGCCAGAGACUUUGAAGGGUGAUAAGCCCUUGCCGGCCUCUAAAGAAAUAUCACGUCCCGGAUCUGUGGUAGAAACUCUGAAAGAUGAAUCGGAAAAACCUACAUCUGUUAAGGACGAUAGCCUAAAAGAUGAGGAACCAUCGCGUCCAGUAUUAUUAAUUGCGAGUGCAAAGUCAAAUGAACCUUAUCGUCCUGCGUCCGUAACAGAAACGGCUUCGUCACCUAUUGACGAAGCGUCAAAAGAACCCAUUUUGGUAGCCCUCUCAUCUGCUGAAAUCAAAGGAAAUUACCCUACAGUAUCCAGUCCUGUCGAUGUUGCCUUAGGCGAAUUUUCUCAUACAAUGACAGGGGCAAUCGAACUAGACAAACCUGCCGAGCACACUACCGUUGGAGCUAUACUAACUGCUUCUAGUCCUGUGGAUGAGGCAGCUAAAAUUUUCGCAUCAAUUGAAGAACAUAUCAUUUCACAGGCAGUUCCAAGUAAAUUGGACGAAAUCAGCUCGUUCUGCGAAGAUAAGCUGCAAUCGCUUACUGAGCCACUAAGCCAAAAAGCAGAAACUGUAAUUGAUACAGUAAGCAAUAAACUGGAAAGUGCUAAAGAUUUUGUAGUGGAGUCCUUGGAGCAAAUAACUAAGGAAAGUUCAAAAUCAUUAACGGACAUUGAAUCUCUUAAGGAUGCAAAGGUCAUUGAGGUUUCUAAAACAGCAACUAUCACGGAAGAAAAACAGCACGAAGUUAUUGAAAAAGUGUUGUCGACUUCGGAGAUAUUAUCUCAAAAGUUGGCGCAGGAAAGUUCAAUUAUAGAACCUGCAAUCGAUAUGCCUGAAGAUGCCAGUGCCAAAGGCAACCUUGACUUGAGUGGUUUUUCAGAACUUCGUGAAACACACAUUACCACAGUGGACUCACCCGAAUUUAAAGUAACGAUUUGCGAACGUGAUGAGAGUAUUCUGCAUGAUAUAAAAGAAGAGGACGAGGAGCACAGAUUUUCGCCACCGACCGAAAAGGGAGCUAUGCUACCAGAGCAACCAAUGCGUCCCCUCUCGCCACGUGAAGAAGAGGUUGCCAAGAUUGUUGCCAAUGUAGCGAAGGUUUUGAAGUCAGAUAAAGAUAUUACUGAUAUAAUACCUGGGUUCAAUGAGGAGCAAUUGGAGGAAAAACUCAAAACUACAGCUGAAAUUGAAGUGGCGAAUUUACAGAAAACGACUUCACCUGAAGCUCUAUCGGGUAAAUUAACUCCAACAGCGGAUCUUGCCUUGGAUGAAAAGAUAUUAGAUAUGAAAAUGAUGAAAGUAGAUAUUGAGUCAGAAAAGUCUUCACCAGAUCAAAAAUCUGGGCCAAUUUCAAUUGAAGAGAAGGACAAAAUUGAGCAGUCUGAAAAGGCGCAACUGCAAGGAGCUGCAAAAGUUGCUAUCUUAGAAGUAGCUAGGGACACUUCCAGGCCAGAAUCAGCUACAAGCCAGUCGGGACCUCUAGAAUCAUUACCAUCUCGCCCCGAGUCCGUAGCAAGCCAAAAAGGGGAGGAAAAACCAGAAUAUUCCUUAGAUUUAUCAAAGGAAACAUCACGGCCCGUAUCAGUGGCCAGUUUGAAAGAAGAAUCCGAGCACAAAGAUGAAAAGUCGCCAACACCAGCUAAAGAUAUUUCCAGACACGAGUCGAUUGCAAGCCAUGUAAGUGAAAAGGAAGCCGGCAGCAUUGAGUCUGACUCUAGACGCGAAUCAAUAUCUGCUGCUGGAUCGGCAAAAUUAGAUGUUUCCGCCACAGCAUCUAAAGAUGCAACUCGUCCAGAAUCCGCUGCCAGCCAGGCCAGUGAACAGACCAAGGAAUGCCCCCGCCCGGAAUCAGUAGAGGGGGACCCAAUAUCUUCGCGACCAGCAUCAGGUGCUAGUCAUAUCAGCACCAAAGAUGAAGAGACUUCCGACUCCCAGCGCGAUUCAAAACUGGUCUCGACAAUGGCAAGCAAAAAGGAAGAGAAAUCAAGCGAAUCAACAACCACCUCCAAGUCAGUUAUAAAUGAAAUGAAUCUAAAAGAAGAAUCUAUUAGCGAAUCCCUAAGUAGCAGCAUGAAGGUGGAGGACAGCUCGAGACGGGAGUCUCUAUCUAGCUUGCUGACCGAUAAAGAAACCACCAAAUCUGCAAGCACUUGCGUCAAGGAGGAAAAUGAACGUAUUACAAAGAUUAUGGAGAAAACAACAACUUCAGAAGUGGAGGAGCUGCUUAUUCAAUCCGAAGAAUGCUCCUCGGAGUCUAUAGUCAGUGAGAUACAAACUUCGAGCACCCAAAAGUCAAGUGGUCAAAGCACAAGCAAGGAAACCACAAGUACCUCUGUUCAGGAGUCAGUCAAGGACAGCCUCAAGGAAACGGUAGCAGAAUUCUUGGCUACAGAGAAAAUCAUUGCCGCCAAAGAAACAUUCAGCGCUGAGGCCACCAAAACAACUGAUGAGUGCCUGAAGAAGUUAUCUAGUGUUACCUCAUCUCAGAAGCCUUUGUUUGUUGGCACAGACGAAUCCCGGCGUGAAUCGAUGCUCAGUCAGACCAGCGAGGGUCGGCAAACGCACAGCGAUCCCGAGGAGGAUAGUGACGAUGAUGGACACGCCAGUCUAAAAGAGGCUCGUUCCAAGUCCAUUGCCACCAUCAUGAUGACUAGCAUCUACAAGCCUUCCGAGGAGCUUGACACGAUUGACGCCCUUAAAGAAGACGAACAUGAAGAUCAGGAGGAGCUUAAACAGGAUGACCACGACAAGGAACCCAAGGAGACAAAAUCGACUACUUCACUUACAGACACAACCACUAAAACAACCACACUACUGCAAUCCAGCGAACAGAUCAGCAGCACCACCAUGAAAACUAGCUCGACAGACUUAAAGACAAAAGUCGAGUCCAUUACACUGUCACAAACACAAACACAAGGUGAGCAAGCAGCUGACAGCACAGAUCGCAAGACACCGCCAACAGCACCGGUCAGCCCCAGCGUUAAGCCGGUGAGCACCACAAGCACCACGAGCAUCACAAGCACCGCGGCCACGGGCUCCAGCUGCGCCAAGAGCGAAUCUAGCGCUGCCAGUAUAGCAUCAACAUCGGGCCCAUUGUCGCCCAAAGACAUUAGUGGUAAGUCUAGUCCUGGUGCAUUAACAUCUGAAAGUCAAUCCAUACCAACACCGUUAGGGCGUGAGUCGCACACCGAGACGCCAGAAUCAUCUCCCAAGCCCACUUCUCCUUUUCCGCGUGUCAGCAAGGAUGAGCUGAAGUCCUUAGGUGUAACAGCGGAGCCCGAUGCAAGCGAGAUCAGCGUCGACUCCAGUGAACUGCUCCCCGAGCUGCACGAGUUGCGCGGCAUUGAGAGCACCACAGCGCUCAGCGGAAGCACUGAAAAGAUCAUAACGACAACCAUAACGACAGUAACUAAGGUCAUUUCUGCCGAUGGCAAGGAGAUUGUGACUGAACAAAAGACAGUCACCACAACCGACAGCUCAGAGCCAGACAGCGAGAAAGUGGUGGUCACCACCACUCGCACAACCAGCGAGAGCGAGAAAAGCGAACGCGAUCGCGAUCAAAUCCUGCCCAAGGAAGUAACCAUGCUGCGCGGCAUUUAUCGCUCCAGCACGCCCGGCAGUGAUGAUGAGCGUUUGGCUGGUGCCAUGAGUGACGAUGAGAUGCCCGGCACGCCACGUAGCGCUAGUUACGAUCUGCAGCACUCCAGCUCUGGCAUAAGCAAGCGCUCUGAUCUCGAUGGCGAUGACAGCCAAGAUGAUAUACCGCCGCAGUACGGUAGCGAAGAGCAUUCCACUGCGCGCGCCAUUCUGCAGCCCCGCGCAGCCGAUCCCAUGGCAACCUCCUUUUAUGGCGCACUUCCCGAUAGCUUUGAUGCCAAGCCCAGCACUGAGCCAAUACCUAUACGGGGUGCCAUACUGAUGACCUACACUGACUCACCACCAGCCAGCCAGUCAUCCGAAAGUGUGGAGAGCACCAGCCAAACCUGGGCUGGACACAAGUUCCUGGAUGAGGCCGACAAGGACUUCCAAAAGGCACUCGAGGAGCACGUACAGGCGCGCGGCGCCGAAGUAAUGUCUUCCGUGACCGCCAAGUAUUCCUACUCACCAUCUAAGGCCGAAGAGGUCGAGCAGAUUGUCAGCGGCACUGCCGAGCGACAGCGCUUUCCCCUCAGCGAUGUCCAGAAGGUACGCAGCGGCGACAAUCUCUUGGUGAGCUUCGGCACUUCAAGCCCCGCUGUUGGCAGUGCAUCUGCCAGCACUGCAUCCACCACUGGCGCUGACAGCACCAGCGCAGUGACAACAGCAACUGGAACAGCAACAGGAAUAGCCACAGCAAUAACAACAACCGCAGCAGCUGCCACAACAACUAGCACAAGCAGCACAACCGGCACCCUGCCAAAGGAUCGGCUUGAGGAGUGGGGCAAGCCACUCGGCCUGCCAUCACCGGCACCAUUGCCGGUCGAAGGCGCCGACAUACGCACCACGCCCAAGAAGGAGCGUCGCUUGGUGGCCACCAAGACGCGUCUGAACAAUGAAAAGAAUCUCCGCAAGCGUAGCGAAUCGCCCAACAAGGCCAAGAAGCCCGCACCUGUCUAUGUGGAUCUUACCUACGUGCCGCACAAUGGCAACUCCUACUAUGCACAUGUCGACUUCUUCAAGCGUGUCCGUGCUCGCUACUAUGUCUUCUCUGGCACCGAGCCCAGCCGUCAGGUCUACGAUGCCUUACUGGAGGCCAAACAAACCUGGGAAGACAAGGAGCUGGAGGUAACCAUUAUACCAACAUAUGAUACCGACGUGUUGGGCUACUGGGUAGCCGAGAAUGAGGAGCUGCUUGCCAAGCACCGCAUUGACCUGUCACCAUCUGCUUCGCGUUGCACAAUUAACUUGCAGGAUCAUGAGACCUCGUGCUCCGCAUAUCGCUUAGAGUUCUAGGCCACGGGCUUGUUUAUUGCAUUUGACGAUGACGACUAAAAUCUACAAAAACAAAAAAUAAAAAAAAAAACAAUUAUUUCAAAUAUCUUAUACCACACUGACAGCGAUUUGAAUGCGGCCCCCUUGUAAACCUUAAUGGGGCUAACAACAGCAAUCAACACACACACACAGGCACAGACACAGACACACACUCACACCAAAAAGACGACUUUCAAUUUUUGAGCUUAACGAUGACGACACAAAUUUCAAAAACAUACAAGAAACACACAACGAAAAUGACAACAACACUAAUUGCGACUAUAACUGGAAACAAAACUUGACACGAAAAAAAAGAGAAACAACAAAAUGCAAUACGCAAAAUGCCGUGCGCCAACGAAAAGUUAAAAAAAUAAAACACUUUCGGAAAUGAAGAACAAACAAAAAGCUGAAUAUGGCGGAGUAACGGGUCAUCUUGGAUGACGCCAUUUUGUUUGCCAAUGCCGUCUAUUUGGGCUUUUUGCCAAUUUCUUUCCAAAUGCAGUAAGCAAGGUAAUUAAUAUAUAUUAAUUUUCAAAAAAUUAAUUACCGAACAAUGCAAAUUAAAAAAAAAAAAAAAACAAACAAUAAACUUUCCAAAGAAGCGCUACGUGCCA